GAAAAGUCUGGGCCAUCUGAAAAAGCGGCGACCUUUCUAUAUAGCUUUCCUCUGCACCUAUGCUUGUUUUUUCACCCAUUGGUGCAGAAAGACUUAGCGGGUGCAACAAAAGACAUCUGUCUACUUUGUCAGUCUGUCUGUCAGUAAAAUAGGUGUCUGCAUAAAGUUGGAAUGUGCUACAAAUUGCAUUUCGCACCUAAGUUUUUUUCGUGUAGAACGUAAUGCAAAUGAAGUUAUGGAUGCAGAAUUCUGCACACUGCAUUCAUAUUCAAGUGAUCAGUUUGCCAUUCAUACACAUCUAGGCAAGAAGUCACAGUUUGAUCAUGACUUAGAAUUACACUGGCAAGACUGCAUGAGAAGAGGUUUUUUCAGAUAUGGUCUUGAUGAUAUACAAACAAAACGUGUAGCUGGAAGAUAUGGUUUUAUUGCGCAGCUGAAUAUUAAACGAGCAGUCGAACGAAGAAAACCUCAGUUUGUUUCAGAUGUAAUUAUGCCGUUUGAUGCUGAAAUAUUUAAUUUUACAAAAGUUAAAAAAAACGAGAUUCUUUUUCAGUUAAACCCUUUGCAUCGAAAAAAAGAUCAAACUUCUAAUGAUGAGAAAAGUGUUUUGAUUAUAAAUGUUAGCCCUCUAGAGUAUUGCCAUAGUUUACUGGUGCCUGGUAUUGAAAAUUGUUAUCCUCAGGUAUUAACACUUAAUGGCCUUAAGCUUGGUAUAGAAAUGAUGAUGAUAAGUUAUAAUCCUUCAUUAAAGAUAGGCUUUAAUAGUUUAGGAGCAUAUGCAUCGGUCAAUCACUUACAUUUUCAUGUUUAUUAUCUGCCAGAAUCUCUGUUCAUCCAACAUGCUCCUGUGGUAUGUUUGAUGAGAGAAUGUUAUGUAUUGAAGUGCUUCCCAUCAGAAGGGUUUGUUUUCCAGCUGUUAGAAAAAGAAAAUAUUGAGAUAGUUGCCAGGUCUGUAAUGAAGUUAAUAGAAUUUCUAUUAGCAAAGAAAAUUGCUCACAAUGUUUUGAUAAUGAGAGGAAGUUCCUUCAGUGAGAGUUCUUCACAGAAAAAUGACCUGUUCAAUUCUAUUCGAAUAUAUGUUUGGGCAAGAAAACCUUCUUUUGGAUCUAAAAAUGACCUGGCUUUUAAUCCAGCUCUGUGUGAACUUGGUGGGCACUUGCCAAUUAAAGAGCUGAAGUAUUUUGAAUCAAUUACAGAAGCUGAAGUUGCUGAUAUUUUAUAUGAUGUCUGCCAUGAAACAUUUAUAAAAAUUAAAGAUGAUGUUGAAAAACUGUAUUCAUAAUAAUAAAAGUAUUUUCUACGUUACAAAAUA